GUCAGCUUGCUGCUGUCAGCUCUGGCGAGCGUGGCACCUCAGAGCCAGACUGUGCCGGCACCGCCACACUCUGUGUGGCCCGCCAUCUGUGCCGCCGCGCCUGAUGUCAUCGCAGCAGGCGAUGAUCAGUCCUACAGUCUGCCCGUAGGAUGGGGAAUGUGAUUCGAGGUACGAGUGCCAGGAGCAAAGUCAACACAGACGAACUGGACAAUUCUCUACUAAAGGGUCCAGAUGAUGACAUGGCGCUGGUGAUCCAAGACUACCCCUCUCCUCAAAUCACCGAACCAAUCUACAAGAAUGGGGGGAGAAGCUCAGAGUCUUGCAGAAGAGGCGUACUGGUGGAGAGUCCGCUCGGUCCAAACAGGGAAUGAGAACUACAUUCCCAGUACCCACGUGGCAAAGGUUUACCACAGUUGGCUGUUUGAAGGUUUGGUGCGGCAGAAGGCUGAAGAGCUGCUCCAGCUACCUGGGAACAGAGUGGGCUCCUUCCUGAUUCGGGAGAAUCCCAGGGAGAAAGGUGUCUAUUCGCUCUCCGUGAAGCACACGAUUGUAAAGCACUAUCGUAUCUUCAGAAUGGACAACAGCUGGUACUACAUCUCACCACGGCUCACUUUCCAGUGCCUUGAAGAUAUGAUCAACCACUACUCCGACUCUGCAGAUGGACUUUGCUGCACGUUAACCACUCCCUGUUUGUCCACCACGACGAGCCCAUCAGCAGAUCCAACUUCUGGAGCUCCACCCGUCGUCAUGAGAAAUAACUUCGACUGGAAGAAAGUCGACAGGGGUGAGCUUGUCAGCACGAAUAGCUGCAGUGACAACAUGGUGAGCUACGGAGUGCGAAACAGCAUCGCUGCCUAUCUGUCCUUCUCAGAAACUCAAGAUGCUCCCCAGUCGAGGAUGCGCAGCAAGAGACACAAGAGCAGAUCUGUUUAUGGUGUGCCUAAGACUGUCCUUGCAAAAUUAGACAGUGAGGAGGAACUCUAAAUGCAUAAGUGAGCUUCGAAAGACUAAAACACACUCGCAAAUUCAAGCAGACGCCUCUGAGAUGGUGGUGAGUUGUGUUAAUCUCACAAACUCUGCGCUGGAAUUUCUGACGUGAGCACUUUGACCUUUGUGGCCACAUGUGAGAACCUGUGAUGAACUGAAACACGGAAGUUGAAAUGAACUGGGACAAUAUAAAUUAGAAGUGUAUAAUUCUGCACAUAAGGUGUAAAAUAACCCACAUGGUGUUAUGAUUUUACAGUCAGACUUGGAUGCUUAAUGUUAUGUCAAAUCUGAAGGGAAAAAAAAAAACGCCUCUCGCCCAAUGACAAGUGGGAUAGGUUCCAGCCCUCUG